AUGACCAAGGGUGGAUCUGGUCAUCGGGAAAGCGAGGAUUCGCUUUACUUCAUAUUUUGCAACACGGAAUUGUAUAAGCGGAACAAGCCACACGAUUCCGAUCCAGUGUAUCUUGGAGUCCAUUCACUCGUACUUCUCAAUAAAACCGUGCCUCGUGGUGUUACGCAGGUUGAUGUACAUGCUGGAGGAAGCCUGAAACUGCAAGAAGUCGGCGGUGGAGAAGCGAAAGCUAGACCACCAAGGUUGGACAUGAAUAGGCGAACAAUCAUCGGCGAUUCGAACCCUUGUACUAUUCGUAUGGAAAAGGGAUGGUGCUAUACAGGGCUGUAUUUACCGGGGACGCGUCGAAAGGCUUUGCGGCGUCCAGUACAGAAUAGUCCGUUGUACCAAUGGAUUAAGCGAACCGUCUUGUGUGCUAUGCGAGAAUACGCGCAAAAUAGAGGCCUCCUUGAUCAUCACAUAGAAAAGUCUAUCUUGCACUGGCAUGAGGCGAAGAUUGCGGGGUGGCGUCGCAGGAAGAACGCUUGGUUUGUUACUGAUGGCCCACUACACAGUACGGAUGCGAAUCUGAUUGCAGAUUGCCGUUUAGUUGUGACACCAUCAAACCAUCCUUCGAAAGAAACCGAUCUAGACUGGUUCCUAGCAGACACGCAAGAUCCUUGA